GCCUUCUCCUUUGCGACCGCCGCCAUGUCCAUCCACGAGAAGACGAGCCAAGAACACCUCGAGCACAUCAAGUCUGCAGAUGACAUUGACCGUCAUCUCGCAGUCCAAGUUCCCGCUUCAUUACAGGGCUUGAGCGUAGAAGAAGUCGAGGCGAUUGACAAACGUGCUACGCGAAAGCUGGAUUUGUUGCUGAUGCCCGUCCUAUUGGUGCUCUAUGUUCUGUGAGUUUGGCUCGAUGGAUGUCAAACGGAUGGUGGGGCCUGAUGGCGUAUAGAAAUUAUCUGGAUAGACAGAACAUUUCUUCCGCAAAGAUCGCUGGAAUCAUGGACAGUCUCAGUCUGACUACUACGCAGUACAAUACCUGCGUAGCUGUCCUCUUUGCAGGGUAUGUCAGUCUUCAGAUCUUUAGCAACAUCCUCGCUUCCAAGAUCAAGUACCCCGGCAUCUAUAUCUGCUUGAUGUGCGCUUUGUGGGGCGUCAUCUCUGGAUGUACGGGUGCUGUGCAGUCAUACGCCGGUCUUGCCGUGUGCAGAGUCAUCUUGGGUUUUGCCGAGAGCGCUUUUUUCCCCGGUGCUGUCUAUCUCAACUCUGUGUUUUACACCAAAAAGCAGAUGGCUUUGCGCACUGCCAUCUUGUACUCCGGAAGUCAGAUCGGAAAUGCAUUCGGUGGAUUAUUUGCCCUCGCUAUCCUCCAGCUUGACGGUGCUCACGGUCUUGAAGGCUGGCGCUGGCUAUUCAUUGUCGAAGGCAUCAUCACUGUCGGUCUCGCCCUCACAUUCGCCACCUUCAUCCCCAACACCCCCCUCACCCUCCGCUGGCUCACAGCGCAAGAAAAAGACCAGCUCCAAUACCGACUUGAAGUCGACCGCGCGUCUAAGGAUGCGACGGACGAGGUGACGACAUGGAGUGCGUUCAAGAUGGCGGCGGCGGAUCCCAAGACGUGGUUGCUUUGUGCUGUGCUGUAUUUCAACUAUGUCGCGGCUUCAGUGACAAACUUCUUCCCUGUCGUCGUCCAAGGUCUAGGUUUCGGCCGCACAACUACCCUCGCCAUCACCUGUCCCCCCUACGUGCUCUGCUGCUUUGCCAUCCUGAUCAUUGGCUGGCACUCUGACAAGAAGAACGAACGUACUCUCCACAUCAUCUGCCCGUUCAUCAUCACCAUCAUCGCCAACAUCAUUGCCAUUUCGACAACCAAGACGGCACCGCGAUAUGUGGCGAUGUGUUUGUUGCCCGCCUCAUUCUAUGGAGCGACAUGUUGUGUGCUUUCGUGGAUUAGUGCGAGUAUUACGGGACCGGCGGUGAAGAGGGCUAUCGCUAUUGCUAUUAUCAAUUCUAUAUGCAACACCCCAAACAUCUGGACAUCCUACCUCUACUUCAACUCCCCACAAUACGUCGCCGCCUUCGGCGUGGACCUCGCUGCCAGUGUCCUCACUAUCUUUUUUGCCGCUUGGACGUACAUGUAUCUCAAAAGACAGAACAGAAAGAUGGAAGAAGGGGCGGCGUUGCCAAAGUCGGGGCCGACGGCGUUGCAGGUGGAGAGUGGGUUCAGGUAUCAGCUCUGAGGGGACUCUGCUUUUGCUUUUGAUUUUUGGGAUACUGCUGUUGUAGUAGUAGAAUUGUGCUUGUCAUCAUGGAUUUUACUGGA